GGAUUUCUAAUUUGUAAUACUGAUAUCUGGUGAGCAUUUCAUGUGAAUAACCUCAUUGGAAAUAUAUUUACUGAAAAAAAGGAUGACACGUUCAAUACUUAUUUCCCCAACUGUACCUAACACGGCUGGAUGAGGAACUGCACACUGAAAAAAACCAUAGAAACCAUCACUACUUGGUAUUUGGCUUCCACUACAAAUACCAUGACAAACCAUCAGCUGACCAUUAAAACCAUUACCAGUCCUUAAUGGUAUCCACUACGCAUAACAUACCACCAAUAGAAGGCAACAAAUUACCAGGAGAGACCCACAGGGAUUUUACAGGUUCCAUUAAAACCAAUACAAUUCCCAUUAUAACCAUUAAAACCAUUACACAUACUCUGAGGAUUUCUAUUGUUUUUGCAGGGUCAUACCGUGCAGUAACUGGGUUGGUAAAGUCUAUUAUUGCAAAAUUGAGAUGAGACAAGUGAAAUCUUUAGGGUGUAUCUUUUAAGUCGAGGGCAAGGAAGGUUUUGUUGUUCUAAAAAUUUCAGUUCCUUUGAGAGCGCUCUGUCACUGGCUCUUCUCUAUAUGGAAACGUUUACAGGUCAUUCAGACAUUCUUGACGUCACAUCUGCAUGCUUAUAUUCGUGGCCAAUGAAACAAGUGCGCGAGCGUUGAGGGGAGGUGACGGGGGCGUGUCGCUGCACGGACAUAUAUAAACUGCUGAAUGGUGUUGAAGCGGGCUUUGACGGCGGACGAAAGUAACAUUACGAGUAAACAAGCCGCUGUUUUCUUGGUUAGUACUCGCAUGGAUUAUUGAGGUUACUGAACUGUCCUUUGGGCUGCUGAUGCGUGAUAAGUGACUGUUAACUGUUUUAACGCUGUGCAGGAUAGUCAACAUAACCGCUAUAAACUACCUCCAGUAAGUCUGCAGAUGUUUCAGUGUUACACACUGACCUCAAAGUCAAACCAGCAAAACCACCCAAACAUCUCAAGAACAACUUUAAAAUCACAGCAGAGUGCAAAAAAGGGGGUAGAACAGAGUAACGAUGCCUUUGGAUCUGGGAAUGUACGAGCGCCGGCCAGAUUACAAAUCUGAAAAACAGUGCCAGAGAACCUCGCUCGCUUUCUAUCAGGCUGUGCGGGAUCUGCUGCCGGUGUGGCUGCUGGAGGACAUCCGCACCACCGAAGCGUUUCACUGGGAAGACGAAGGUCGCGCAUGCGCUUUCUCGCCAUCCGAAGCGCUGCUGUACGCGCUCGUCCACGACCACCAGCAGUACGCGCGCCACCUGCUCCAGCGCUUCCCCGUGCACGCGCUGACCGUGCCGAGCGCGAGCUUCCGCUGCUGCGCGCACUCCGCCGCGCCGCACGUCGCCGUGGCCGUGCGCUACAACCGCACGAAUAUUCUCAAAAUGAUGAUGGGCAGUCUCAAGGAUUUCGCGGACGAAGGCGAAAGACAGCUGCUCUUGAAUCACCGCGGGUGCGCGCACGCAGAGGGAGGCAAAACGGUGCUACACCUGGCGUGCGACCUGGCGCGCCCCGAGUGUUUGCUGCUGUUGCUGGGCCACGGCGCGUGCCCGUACGUCACAGACCGUGCUGGAGACACACCUCUGGACUGCCUGCUGCAACAAAUCAGCCAGAGUGACAUGGACAUGCGUACGAAGCGCGUGUGCCUCGGAUACAUGGUGUUGUUCAUGCCCGCGCUACGCUUUCGCAUGCGCGCGGAGCUGCGGGAGAACCCCGCACUGUGGAGCCGCCUCAUCGGAGAGCAGGCGUUCCAGUGGCUCUCUGGUCAAUGUCCAACAUCUCUGUUCGUGCAAUGCAUGCGCACUGUGACGCGAUCCGUUCCCGACGAACAGCUCGAGUCCCUGCCUGAUUUCCUCAGACCACCUGAUUUCAGAUUGCACCAGUCUUAACGCAAUAAUGGAUGUACUCUAUCUGACUUUGACUGAUGGCAUCAACAAGAUCCCUUAUCUGAAAAGUGUGUGUAAAAAAAAAUCUCGUGAAGUUAGAGCAAGAAUUGGAAAAUCGUUCUGUUCAGAGCAUUUAGGACUGCUACACUGAUUCCUCCACUGUAAAUAUGUCAAUGUUGUAAAAUACAAUGAUACCAAGUGAUGCUUGGUAACUGUUCUAAAAAAUAAAUAUAUUUUUAAAUAUAUUUUUUGUGAACAGUAUCAGUGCAUUUCUUAACUCCCUGCAUACACGGUCCAUUUUUUUUUUUUUUAGAGGUGAGAAAAAACAAAACAAAA